AUAAGUUGGAACCUUUUUCUUUUACCGCCAUCAGCACAGGCUCUUGAACUGAAAUGCCCAAUCCCUUUGCGAGACUUCGUGCUCAGCUCUUGAGAUACCACCCUUUCACUUCGAUUUUCCCAUUAAGGCCAUCAUACGAACACUUUUACAAUCCGUCCGGGCAAUGGCUUUAUCACGAUGCAGCACAACGUGCUGCACGGUAUACUCCAUUUAACGUUGAAGAGCUGCGAAAAAUUGCUUCCAACUCGGUGGAUGCAGGGCAAUGUACACAAAUUAGCAAACUGGCAGAAGGCUCCUACAACAAAAUAUUCCUUCUAACCUUUGACAACGACAUGCAAGCUAUCGCUCGGAUUCCGUCCUCUCUCGUUGGGAAUGUCGAGCUUACUACUCGAAGCGAGGUCGCCACGAUGCAGUUUCUACGGGAGCAUGUAGGGACAAUGGCGGCUCCAAAGGUUCUGGCUUGGGAUCCACAUCCGUCCAAUCCUGUAGCAUCCGCCUACAUUAUUAUGGAAUACAUCGGUGGAAUAUCAGAUUCCGAAUACUGGUUAGAAAUGACAAGCGCUCAGUAUGCACGUGUCAUUGCAAGUCUGUUUCUUCUGCAGGCGAAGCUAGUUGUUCCAUUCUCGCAGAUUGGGAGCCUAUAUUUAUUCGAGGAUGUCAGCCCUGAGCUUCAGGCCCGCCCGCUAUUCAAGGAUGACGAGCUGAAUAAAAAUGCCAUUGCGCAAAAAUAUCGAAUAGGCCCUAUUGUUAGUCGGGAUUGGUGGAGACGGGGCAGAAUGAAUGUUCCUGGGGACCGUGGUCCUUGGCCAGACAUGCCAUCAUAUAUUAUUGCAGCUGCGCGGCUCGAACUUGAAUGUCUAGAACGUGGCAUCGAUGUCGACAAUCCCAACGUUAGGUCAAAGGUUGCGGAUAUUUCCGGCAUUCGACGGCUGCUAGAGAUGUCCAUAGCCAUCGCCCCCUCUCUCGUGCCUGCAGAAUCAUCUGUAUUGGCCCCAGUUUUGGCGCAUCCAGACCUCAAUAUAUUCAAUAUGAUAAUCCAAUCUGAGCCACCACAUCCAGUAAAGUCAUUCAUUGACUGGCAAGGUGCCAUAAUUGCUCCCAUCUUCCUGCAAGCGUCCCUACCCACAGCAGUCUACGCCAUGGGCGAGAAUAAUCUAUUCCAGACUGAUGAUCACAGCAUCAUUCCCCCACUGCCGGAUGAUAUUGGCAAUUUUACACCGGAGGAACAGGGUGUUAUGCGGCGGCAUUACAGACUCAUUCAGUUUCAGAGGGUUUACGAGAUGGAGAUGGAGACGUACCUACCGGAAUUUGCGUUAUCUAUGGCCUAUAAUCAUCAGCACCACACUCGUCGUCUUCUCAAAUCCAUCCUCCGCUGUUGGGCUGAUGGCCCUCUGUUGCUACAGCAUCAUCUGAUCGAACUAACGGAUUUUUUCCCCGAGGGCAGUUGCCCAAUCCAAUUUCCCGAUGCGGAGCGUGCUUUUCACCGGGAUCAAUUUGAAGGAUUCCAAACCUAUAUCGAUGCUGUUGAAUGGUUAUGCCAUCAAACCAAAGUCGAUCCUGAAGGACGGGUGCAUCGAGAUGAUGAGAAGGGCGCUAUGACGCUUCUCCAGGACUCAAAGAUGAGAUGGCAUACGAAGCAGAUGAAUGGCCCAUACCCCUUUCAUGGUGACGCCUGGUCGUAUCAUCUUGUGUGAUGUGCCUGUCGUCUAGCAACUUGCACCUGCAUACUCACGGUUUUGUUGAUGAACUGCGAUCUAAAAAAACAUAAUAAAAAUGCCUAUUUUUUGUGCUCUUUUUAUGGUCCAAAAAAGGUCUGUUUUAACAAAAAAAAAGUGGCUUUCAUUUUACUUUCAUUGUUCCGAACAA